UCCCUAAACUCCCCGUGGUACGUUCACGAGCCUCCCUGGCCGGUAAAAGUUGAACUCUGCGACGGAGGGGAAAAGGUCGUUCCGACGCAUCGGGGCCGAGGAAGUAGUUCUCCUCAGCGGUGCCCACCUGGACAGUAUCACCGACUGAGGUCGAAGGUGGGGUUUCGUCGCGGUUUUUCCCGAACGUGAGCCGUGGCAGCUGCUUUCGAGAAGGUCAGAAACAACCGCGCCAUUUGUAUUUGACGCCUCUUCUACAACAGCAAACCUGCAAAACAGCCGCCCGCUGGGAAUUCACCCGUCCCGUCCCAAAUAGACGACUUUGUUGUUGUUGUUUUUGGCGGGCUACUGAGUCAGUCAGACGACCGAGUUGAAGAAGGCGUCCCAACCUCCGCCGUGAAGCCAAACACAAUUCUCUCUCCUCUGUUUUUAUUUUGUUCAUUUUGUUUUGCUUUUUUUGGGGGGGAAUGCCGGCAGCGCACCCCUUCACCUGGGAACAAUGUCCUUUCUGAUGAAAAAGAAGAAGUUCAAGUUUCAAGUGCAUUUCACAUUAGAGGAGCUUACGGCGGUGCCUUUUGUCAACGGAGUUCUUUUCUGUAAGAUCCGGUUGAUCGAUGGCGGCGACUUUGUCAUUCAUUCAUCCAGGGAGGAGGUGCAACAGAACUGCGUUCGAUGGGGGAAGAAGUUCUGCUUUGUGUGCAAAAUGAGCGCUAACCCAGUCACGGGCACGUUGGAGCCCCGCAUCUGUAGGGUCUCCGUACGCAAGGAGCUUAAAGGAGGAAAGGCCUUUUCAAAGCUGGGUUUUGCGGACCUGAACGUCGCUGAAUUCGCGGGCUCCGGUUGCACCGUUCGCUGCUGCAUCCUGGAGGGCUACGACACAAAAAAUAGCCGUCAGGACAACUCAAUUCUCAAGGUGACAAUCGGGAUGGCCCUUCUGUCUGGUGAUCCGUGCUUUAAAAUGCCUCCCAGCGCAGUGAAAUCAGUCCGUGUCGGAGACGAGGAUCCCACCCUGCAGCCGGACUGUAAGGGCGAUAGCACUGAUGCCAAAAUACAGCCACUCGGCGCCGUGGGGGCGGGGCCUCGCGUCUUUACACCCAGACAGACGUCAGCACGUAGCUCGGGGCUGCCUGACGAGGGGGGCGAUGUCUUCAACCAAGACGAGGUCUCCCACGCUGGUCAUUUUCGCAAUUCCAGCUUUGCCAGCCAGCAGAGCAAGAUGUCAGGUUACAGCACAGGCCGCUCUCGCUCUUCCAGCCUGACCGACCUGAGUCCCCAUCGAAACGUCUCGCCCAGCAGCAGCAGCGCGUCGCGCGGCCUCGCGCACCCGCGCCGCUCCACCCCGACACAGCCGCCUCGGCGAGGAACUCCCACCAAACCCGAGAGACCUCCGCUACCGUCCGUCGCUGCCGUCACGUCCAUUAGAUCGUCCAGAAGGAAGAAGGACACGAUGGAGACGCAACGUAGCUGCGUGGACGACACCCGCAUUGAUGCUGACGACAUUGUGGAAAAGAUUGUUCAGAGUCAGAAUUUUUCAGACGGCAGCAACAACGAAGACAGCAACUUGCAAUUGUUUGUCAGCAAAGACGGGACCACCGCCCUCAGCGGGGCGCAGCUCGGCAACAGAGUAACACCGGGCGUUUUCGAAGCCGUGGUCAUUGAGACGCAUUGACCGACGGACCAUCCCCUCUGCCGCUGCAGGAUGAACUGCCUCGGGAUUCUGGGGCACGCGAUUGUAUGGGAAUGCGUGUGCAAGCACAGUAUGUCCAAAGCCGCUGGCAGUACACGCCACUUUUAGAUAAGACGACUGCGAUCCAUAUAGGCACUGGCGGUGUAGAUGGCACGGGUUUCGGUCCUCCGGGGGUUUUUGCACUCAUAUGAUGGAUGGAAUGUCGUUCUGACAGAGAAAAUGAACAAAUCGACAAAACUCCCUUUUAGUUCAAUGGAAAACUAAAAGGGAGGCGUUGAAUCAGGCGAGAUGAAGUAUUUUUCGUACGAUGGCGCACACGAGUCUUAAUGAGCAUACAGCUGGCCCCCGAAACUUUAAUUGUGUUCUAAAUUGUGGUAUGAAAGGUGAGCCGAGUAUUUACCUGCUGCUGAGAGGAUUGCCAGGAACCUCUUAAAAGAUAUGCACAUGACACGUAAAUGUUUGUUUGUUUGAUUGAUUUCAUUCAAAUGUCUUUUUUUUUGUUUUGUUUUUUGUUUGUUUAUGGCAGGCCGUACGUAACACUGUACCGUAUGCGAACAUUCUUUGAACUUUGCUUUACCUUCCCGCCUUCUUUUCGUCCACUCGAGCUUCCCGUUGGAUUUACUCAAAUUCUAAUUCUGAAUUUCAUUGUGACUGUCGGAUGGGUUUUUUUUUUCCUUUUCUUUCUUUUUAAACAAAAAACGGAAAGUCACCCAAUGGUUAGCAGUGGUACGACUGUUUGGGUUUAUGAGGACAUUUCACGUUAAGUAUAAGGACGGUUUUUUUCGGGCUCCAGGGCUUCCCUUAUAGUUUAAUUGUGUCAUUUAAUUUGGAACCUCUGAAAUAAUUACACAUAAAUGUUGGUGACUGUUUUCAUUUCUCCAUAUUCCGUCUUAGACAGCAGUAUAAACGGUGUCGGUAUGAGAUAACAUGAUGUACAUUUUUGUACUGCAUGUUCGAAAUAAACGUUCAAUCAAUGAUGGAACAUUAGAGCCACACUGAUGACUAAAACAUUCACGAAUACAUUUAUGAGACUAGAGUUGUACAUUUUUGUUGUAUACAUUUUAGGGAGAAAAGAAUUAAGAAAAUAAGUUGCAAGAACAAGUGAAAGUAGCCAAUGCAGCAACAGAAUCCCUUCUUGUGUGCAUAGAACUAAGGUCACAGUCCCCAAUUCCAAUGAAGUCGGGACGUUGUGUUAAACAUCAAGAAAAACAGAAUGCAAUGAUUUGCAAAUCACCAUAUUUAUUUGAAUACACUACAAAGACAAGAUAGUUCAUGUUCAAACUGAUCAACUUGAUUGUUUUUAGGAAAUAAUCAUGAACUUGGAUUUUUAUGGCUGCAACACGUUCCCAAAAAGCUGGCACGGGGUCGUGUUGACCACGGUGUUGCAUCCCCUUUUCUUUGAACAACAUUCAAGAAACGUUUGGGAACCGAGGACGCUCAUUGUUGACGCUUUGGAGGUGGAAUUCGUUCCCAUUCUCGCUCGAUGUCCAGCUUCAGCCGUUCAACGGUCCGGGGUCGCCGUUGUCGUAUUUUACGCUUCAUAAUGCGCCACGCGUUUUCAAGGGGAGACGGGUCUGGACUGCAGGCAGGCCAGUCCAGUACCCGCCCUCUUUUGCGACGAAGCCACGCUGUUGUAACACGUGCAGCAUGUGGUUUGCCAUAGUCUUGCUGAAAUAAGCAGGGGCGUCCAUGAAAAAGACAUCGCUUGGAUGGCAGCAUAUGUUUCUCCAAAACCAGUCUGUACCUUUCGGCAUGAAUGGUGCCUUCACAGAUGCGUAAGUUACCCGUGCCAUUGGCACUAACACGGCCCCGUACCAUCACAGAUGCUGGCUUUUGAACUUUGCGUCCAUAACAGUCCGGAUGGUUCUUUUCCUCUUUGGCCCGGAGGACACGACGUCCACAAUUUCCAAAAACAAUUUGAAGUGUGGACUCGUCGGACCACAGAACACUUUUCCACUUUGCAUCGGUCCAUCUUAGAUGAGCUCGGGCCCAGAGAAGCCGGCGGCGUUUCUGGCUGUUGUUGAUCAAUGGCUACUCUGCAAAGCAUUGCAUGGUAGUGUUUCAAGUUGCACUUCCGGAUGUAGCGCUGAACUGUUUUUACUGACAUUGGUUUUCUGAAGUGUGGUGAUAUCCUUUCCACAUUGAUGUCGGUUUUUGAUGCAGUGCCGCCUGAGGGAUCGACGGUCACGGCAAUUCAAUGUUGGUUUUGGGCCUCGCCGCUUCCAUGCAGUGAUUUCUCCAGAUUCUCGGAACCUUUGGAUGAUACGAUGGACCGUAGAUGAUGAAAUCCCUCAAUUCCUUGCAAUUGUACGUUGAGGAACAUUGUCCUUAAACUGUUGGACUAUUUUCUUAUGCACUUGUACCCAAAGAGGUGAACCUCACCCCAUCUUUGCUUGUGAAUGACCUUUUCUCCCCAAUCAUGGCACCCACCUGCUCCCAAUUAGCAUGUUCACCUGUGGGACGUUCCAAACACGUGCUUGAUGAGCAUUCCUCAACUUUCCCAGCCUUUUUUUGGAACGUGUUGCAGCCAUAAAAUUCUAAGUUAAGGAUUAUUUGCUAAAAACAACAAAGUUGAUCAGUUUGAACAUGAAAUAUCUUGUCUUUGUUGUGUAUUCAAUGAAAUACAGGUUGAACAGGAUUUGCAAAUCAUUGGAUUCUGUUUUGCUUGAUGUUUAACACAACGUCCCGACUUCAUUGGAAUUGGGGCUGGAUUUUAUUUUCGUUUCUCGUUUUUUUUUUUUUUUUUUUUUU